GUUUUGAACGACUACGAUCUAUCCUCGUUGGCGAAUGACUCAGGUUCUCGGGGCAAUGAGCGCACGGGCACGGUGCCGUUCAUGGCGCUCGAUCUUCAGUGAGUGAGGGUCAAUGAGGUGAAGUCAAACACCUAUAUCGUCAUGAUCUGGAGUCGUUCAUGUGGUGCUUCGCCUGGAUUUCCUUGCGUUGCGAGAAUGGAGUCCUACCACGGAGAUUGUGCCCAUUGGACGAGUGGGCAACCUUAGGUGCUGUGGCAUGCGGCAAGGAAAUUUUGUUCUUUCUCAAUAAUAUGACGGCUUCCGCACCCUCCGAAUCGGACAUAGACGGAGUCACAUGGGAUUUCCUGGUGGACUGUUUUUUGGUGCUUAAAAGAGAUGCCGACGAGCGAUACUAUCACUAUCUUCGCCUUAAACGGUCGUCGAGCUCAGGAGAACGCCAGCAGCCCAACGCCCAGGACCCAGAUCCUGAUGCCGUUCUAUCUAGAUUUACAGGUUUAGAGGGUUGUGCUAAGCUCAGUAAACCUGAGUGAUUUUUUUUUACCCCUUACCCUAUACGCGGUUUCCAGUCGUAGAUUUACAAUACAAGCAGUCGGCCGUUCACUCACCA